AUGGGCGGUGCCAGUGACAUGGACCUUUCAAAUAAUGUCUCUCAACUCUCUAGUAUCACUAUGGAUCCCAACCGGAUACCGAAAUAUAACGGGCAGCUCACUCCGGUACCCCCUGCAGACUUUUUGGACAAAUUUGAUCACUACUUCUUAAUACAUAACGCCCCUGAUCAGGUUAAGAUUAAUUUUGUCAGUGAUAACUUCACCGGGAAAGCGUUAUUGUGGUAUACUACCCUGUUACCUCCCCCUCUAAUAUAUACUGAGUUUGUUACAUUGUUCCGUGACUAUUUCUGGUCUCCCAGCCUUCAACGGCAGAUUCGAAAUGAGUUGUAUCGUUACUACCAUCAUGAAGAUCCCUCCACUCUGUCCGAACACGCCAAGGACUGGAUAAACCGUGCCCGACAUUUGCAGCCCCCGAUAGAACAAGUGGAAAUGGUUGACCAAAUUAGAUCCCACUUUUCCUACCAUCUCUCUCUUGCGCUCCGAGGUCUCAGGAUUCUCACAACGAACGUCUUAGUCAAAGAACUGACAUAUCUUCAACGUUCAAACGGCCCCUCAACUACUUCGAAUACUCACAAUCAUAACAAUUCAGAUUCUCAUUCUCAACAACCGAAUUCAUACAACAACUCUUCAUGCCCUUCUCGUCAAAAUAAUAACCCUCCUCGUCCAAAUAAUUACCCUUCUCGUCAAAACAAUUACCAUAGGCCCCAAUAUCAUCAACCUCCGAAUCAAGCUCCCUCUCAACAACCCGACCAGGUAACACCGCCUACGGAAAACUAG